UUCUCGUCGAGUUGUAAGACCGCCGUAGACAGCGGCUGUGCGAUCCAUUGGCGGUGGAGGCGCGCGCGAGAGUUGAAUGCGAGUCGUGGGCGUCCUCCGCUCGUCGUCGCCGUCGUCUUCGGCGUCGUCGUCGACGUCGUCUUCAUCGCCCGCGUCUCCGCGUGGCGAGGAGGCGCGUCAUCCUCGCGGGGACUUCUCGGCACCCGGUGUCAUGAGCCACGGCUCCGCGCACGACCCCCGAGACUCAAUGACGCUGAGGAAGCUGAGGGUGAGGUCCGCGCGGAGCCACAGGGGCGUCAUGGAGCUCGCCGUCGCCGAGCCCGGCGAUCAGAGUCGGCACGAAGUGGGGGGCCCCGCUGAGCCCCCGUCCCCGUCGCCCCCGUCACCGACUCCUCACCGGACCCCCGAGAGGCACUCGUGCGCGCGCUGCGGGGCCCCCAUCCGGGACAAGAUCAUCCUCAAGGUGGGUUCUGAGUGCUGGCACGGACGCUGCUUGGAGUGCUCCGUGUGCCAGGCGCCCCUCGGAGGCUUGGACAGCUGCUACAUCCGUGACAAGGCCGCGUACUGCAAGCCCGACUACUACAGGAGGUUCGGCGCGGCGUGCGCUCGCUGCGAGCGGCGCCUGGAGGCGAGCGACUGGGUGCGGCGCGCGCGCGGCCGCCUCUACCACCUGGCGUGCUUCGCGUGCGGCGCGUGCGGCAGGCAGCUCGCAACGGGCGAGGAGUUCGGCGUGCUUCGUGAGCGGCUGCUGUGCCGCUCGCACUACCAGGCGGCGCUGGAGCGCCUGGCUGGUGGCGCCGUGCACGUAGGGGGCUCUCUCUCGGAGGGGGGCCCCCCGAGCGACGGAGAGGCGCCCCCCAGCAAGCCGGCCAAGCGAGCCCGCACCAGCUUCACGGCUGAGCAGCUGCAGGUGAUGCAGGCCCAGUUCGCGCAGGACAACAACCCCGAUGCGCAGACGCUGCAGAAGCUCGCGGACAUGACGGGUCUCAGCCGGAGGGUGAUCCAGGUGUGGUUCCAGAACUGCCGCGCGCGCCACAAGAAGCACAUCUCACCGGGCCUCGGGAUGCCCCCGGGGCACCUCGCGCUCUCCGCCCCCGAGGACUCGGCCUACACGCCCUACCUGAGCGCCGAGGGCACCAUCCUGGCCACCUACCUGCAAGAACUUUCCCAGUAG